AUGAAGUUGCACGUUGGUUUAAUCGUGUUUUAUGCUAUUCUCUAUGUUGGUGCAAGUGAUCCUGGCCCUAGUGAGGGCGAAGGAAAAGUCAAUCCGUCGGUGAAUGCGAUGCUAGAGCUGCUCAUGGGCAAGUUGGAAGCGAUGGAAUAUAGACUACAGAAGAUGGAGAGGCAGCUUCAAAGGGUGGAAGGUUCCUCGUGCAAAAAUGUUUCAUCAAAAGUGUCUGGAACAUAUCUGAUCCGCGUGAAAAAUGAUAGUGAACCGUUUCAAGUGUAUUGCGAACAGAAAUCGUUCGGUGGUGGAUGGAUCGUAAUGCAGUACCGUUACGACGGAUCACUGGACUUUUACCGAGGCUGGAAUGAGUUCCGCGACGGAUUCGGUGAUUUGAACAAAGAGUUUUGGUUGGGUCUGGAGAAGGUCCACCAGAUAACAAGUGGCCGUAAGCACGAACUGAUUGUUGAAUUGAAAGAUUUUAACGGAACAUAUAAGUAUGCGCGGUUUAAUGCAUUCGAAAUAGGUAAUGAGAGUGACCAAUACGACGUGAAGAAUAUAGGAAAGUAUAGCGGUACUGCUGGUGAUCGAAUGUCCCAUUAUAAGGGUAGGAAGUUCUCAACCAAAGAUCGGGAUAAUGAUGAGAGUAGCAGACACUGCGCACAAUACCUCGAAGCUGCAUGGUGGCACUGGUUUUGUGCUGAUUCGAGUUUGACUGCACGAUACAUGAAUGCUGAAGAUGAAAAAUCAAUGCAUUGGUUUCAUUUUCACCACAACUAUCAAGGAUUAAGUUACUCACGAAUGAUGAUCCGGGAGCUGGAAUAGCAUUUGUAGUCCGGACAAUGGUAAAGAGAGCUCAAUGAACAAUUAACAAUGCCGAAUCGAAACAACAUAGAAUAAAAAUUUUCAAAAAGAACAAUUCAUAAAAAUCAUUUAACUUAAAAAAAAGCUAGGAAUGUCUACAACCCAAAUCACAAUUCAUCCGAAACACCAUUCCAGAUAAGACCACUGGAGAAAGAAACACGGAAAGAACUCAAUGAAUGACCGUUAUUUGUAACCUGGCGAAAGAAAAUGGAAGGAAAAUGGUCUGCAAAGAACACCUCAAUUCUUUGCGCUUUUGAACGUAGGGUUUCAAUC